AUGGACCAUAUAUCUUCGCGCUUUAGGCGCAGUAAGAGGGGUUCUCCUACGACUCCCCAGCUAGGGUCGCCAGCUGGCUCACCUCCGGACAAGUCGUCAUCGGAACGCAAACUUGGUCCUACCCCUGAUAACCAACGUGAACAACCUCCGUCUCUCACCAUAUCAACCGCCGAAAUUCCUCGCGAGAGCAUGCCACUCAAAUCCCCCUUUCGACGGGGAUUCCACUUUCGCACUUCUAACAAGCGUGCACGAUCACCCGCCUCAGCUUUGCCGGCCCCCACUUCACCUGCCAUCGUUAGUCAGGAUGGCAUAGUCGAGCCAGACAAGUUAACCCCGGCAAAUGGCGACGAUAAAGAUGGAAUGGAAGCAGUCACGGAAACGCCCAAGCCGAAAAUUCCAGCUUUCCUCACUCUGUCGGAUCAAGAGAUCGACGCUAAGUUCGUUGACUUGAACUGGGCAGAGCGCUUGCGCCUUCGAGAGAGUCAAGACAACCCGUCUCCCAACUUUCAAUUCGCUCGCGUGACUGCGCCCGAGGCUAAGGUACUCGACCGAUACGCCAACAUCCAACCGUGGGCCAACAACCGCAUCAAGCUGCAGGUGCCCGAGGGUCAGACCGAUUACAUCAACGCAUCUCCUAUCGUUCUUUGCUCUCCCCUGGACCCGGAAGGCAAACCGGCCCAUCGCUACAUCGCCAUGCAAGGACCAAAGUCAGCGACGAUGGCUCAUACCUGGAGAAUGGUGGUAGAACAGCUGGAAAACCCGGCUGUGAUCGUUAUGCUAACCGAGACCCACGAGAGUGGCAUAGAGAAGUGCUACCAGUAUUUCCCUCGUGAUGUUAAUGAAGCUCCGAUGGUGAUUGGAGAAGCCGACGAAUUUGGCGACGGUUUCCAAGCGCAGAUACAAUGCGUCAAAGUCGAAGAGCACGCCGAGGGUGCUAUCGAGGUGCGACAGCUCGAGAUCCGUGUAGAGGGUCGGGAAGAGGUUAUGACAGUAUGGCACCUUUUAUACUGCAGGUGGCCUGAUUUUGGUGUUCCCGCCCUUGAAGAUAUCGACAGCUUCUUCGAGCUGAUGCGCCUAUCCCGAGAGAAGAACGCAUGCGAGGACAAUCCCCGAAUUAUUCAUUGUUCAGCAGGUGUGGGGCGAAGCGGAACUUUCAUCGCACUAGAACAUCUCAUGCGGGAGAUCGAGUCGGGCGAUGUCGAUCGUCGCAAGGAGAGCGAAGACAAGGACGAUGGGGAUAUCGUGUACGAGACUGUUGAUGCCCUCCGGAUACAGCGGAAGCAGAUGGUUCAAGCCGAGUCGCAAUAUAUCUUCAUCUACCGCGUCCUUCGCAAGCUCUGGUUGGAGAAGCAUGGACUUGCGGAGCAAGAUAUCGAGGACCAGGAGCCCGCAGCUAAGAGGUUGGAGGUUGACUGUGAUGACCCCUUCCUUGACGAUUAA